UUUACCAUGGACGCGUAUGACGUCAUAAGCUUGUAUUGCGAAAGACAUAUGACGGGUUCGUUGGUAUCAUCAGACAAACCGGUUGCAAUUUUAACCGGAAACGAAUGUGUUUCUCUCCCAAGGGUAGAAGAAUGUUCAGAGAUUCCUUGUCAAAAUGGCGGCUGGUGUUUAGAAGUUGGCCUAUCCUACAGAUGUCACUGUUUAACAGGUUGA